GAGUCUAUGAUUAGUGUCAUUCAGUGUCAUUAAUGUCAAGGUAGGUUUUCCAAAUUUGAAUUUACAAAAAAAUUUUUGUGCGCGUAAUUUAUUUCGUAAAUAUUUUGUAAAAUACCGUUUACAAUGCGUAACGUGCCACCAAAAUUAGUGAGAUAUGAAGAUGAUGCUGAAUAUAAAAAGCAACCAGUAGAUCCCAUUUAUAUAUUUCGGGGUGUAAGUCCUUCGGAUUCAAUUGCUUUACCAGAAAUACCCGAAAAUAGAAAAUGCACGGAUCUUGUUAUGGGAGGUAUUUUUUUAAUUGCCGUUUUAAGUCUAAUUGGUUCUUCUGUUUAUAUAACUUCGACUUCUGAUAUAAAAAUCCUAGUAAAUGGUGCAGAUAAGUGUGGAAAUAUUUGUGGAGUAUCUAACUCUGAAUCAGAUAAUAAUAAGAAUUGCCCAGAAAAAGACUACACUAAUUAUCCAUUUCUAGAUGUGAAAGCAGAAGAAUGUGUUACAGCUGACCAGUGCAAAGCGAGAAAUAAAACAUUAUAUGGUGCCCUAUGUAUGCCUGAACAAAGGAGAACACCAAAGUCAAAGUCGAAACUAUUUGCGGGUCGUGACUACAAUAAAUCUCUCGAAAACAUUGUUCCAUACACAAUAAUAGUGCUAAUUUUAAUGCCAUCUGUGGCUUCAGGAUUGUCCAUACUGGUAUAUCAACUGCUUCGAAGCCACCCAAAGUGUACUUUCUAUUUUUUUACUAUUCUUUCUACGAUUUUCUUUUUGCUUGCGGCUUGCUAUUUUUGGUAUUUAUUUGCUACCCGCGACCACGAAAAUGUCGAUAAAAACAGGACACUUGUAUUACUUACUAGUGCCGCUGGUUUCACGAUAAGUGGUGUGUUAUUAUUGUGUGUACUUGUGUGUUGUUCUAGAAGAAUCCAUCUUUUAAUAGAGGUCUAUCGUGAAACAACUAAAGCAAUUUUUCAUUCCAAGCUGGUCUUACUUGCACCUAUCUUGACAAUGGUGUUGGUAAACUUAGUUGGUGCUAUCUGGUUAUUUAUGAUGUUGGUGACUUUUUCCGUUAAGAUUCCGGAAGGUGAAACUUUACCUGGUGCCAGGACAGGAUACUUGAUUUUCCUGAUAUUUAUGGGAUACUGGAUAUUUACGUUUAUUGAAGGAUGUCAGUGUAUGAUGGUAGCUGGAACGAUAGCAAGUUACUAUUUUUCGAGAGAUCGAGAUAAUUUGAAGGGUCAAUAUUGUUAUAAUGUGAAACUAGUAAUUCGCUUUCAUCUGGGUAGUAUUGCAACUGGAGCACUACUUAUUACCAUAGCAGCAAUGAUAAGAAUUUUGAUUGACUCUCUUACUAGUUACAGUGGGUCAGAUACUUGGGCGUGGGAAAUUUUUAGAUGUAUGCUCCUUUGCAUAAUUAGAUGUCUCGAAGAGAUAGUGAAUUACCUCACUCAAAAAGCGUACAUCAUGGUUGCCAUUCAUGGUAAAAGCUUUUGGACAUCUGGCAAGCGGGCAGUGAAAUUAAUAUGGCACAACUUUUUGGACACGAUAUCCGUUGAUUGGUUAAACUCUGCUGUUGAGUUUUCAGCUUCUGCUCUAAUUUUGUUUGUCACGAUGCUCCUUGGAUAUGCCAUUCUAUCAGCGCAACAUAUGGGUUUUAUAAUCGCAAAUCUUCUUUUUGGCGGUGCACUUGCAGCUAGCGCAUUAUACGUAUACUUUUCGUUGUUGAGCACUGCGGUUGGAACAAUUUUCUUGUGUUAUUGUGAAGAUUUAUUAAUAAAUGAUGGAAGUAGAGAGCGGCCUUUUUUCAUGAGCAAAGAGUUUCAAACCACUGUGUUUCAAGCCUUGGAAUUUGUUGUCGAAAAAAGAGAAGAAAGGAAGCGUGAAGACGCCUAGAAUCAAACCAAAAUUGUUACAAGUUAAAUUCGAUUCGUUAUCUGUUCUGACAAAAAGAAUCAAUUAUUAAUUAUUAUAAAUCGAUAUUAUUAUCUUUGUAUAUCCUUUAAAAAAACAAAUCAAUAAAAUAUUUAUUAAAUAAUUAUUAAAUAAUAA